AUGACAAGAAAAAGACGUAACCCGGAGGCUCACAUUAACGACGACGACGAACCAGUUGCACAUCGAACCAGAUCAAGACUUGCAGCUGCUCGUCGAAACAAUCCAACUCAGAUGCCGGCUGCCGUCGAUAGUCCAGCACCCCAGUCCCCAGCACCGCCGAAUCCUGUUCUGGAUGGCAUUGGAAAUGACUUCGAUGAUGAAGAGCCAGAAGGCCAAGGCAUGGAUGCAGUACUGAACGAUCUCCAACACAAGUUCAACAAGUCGCUUUGGCUCAAGGAGGAGUUUCUGGUGCCACUGGUAGCUCAAAGAUUAAGCUAGUACGAGGGGUGGCCAUUGUUAAGACGGACCAAGGAACGAAGAAAAAAGAAAAAAAUACAGACAAAGGAAACAAGAAAACAGAAACAACAAUCGGUUUCGAUAUCGUGUGCACUGUGACGCCGCAGGCAAAAAGUCUACUACUUGUGAUGCGUGAUGAAUCGAUGUCAGUAGGAAUGGCAUUUGGCGCAAAACUAGCCUAUGCGGCAUACAAGCUCAGAUUUCGACCGGCUCCGCAUCUUACCUCCAUCCGAUACAGUGCGAAAAUGACUCUGUCUGGUACAUCUGGAAUACUCGGAACGGCGGUGUGCCUAGGCGCUGCCUACGAGGAUUUCGAGGUUCCCCAAGACCUCAUUAUCACCGGGGCGGUCGAUGAAGCUGGAACUGUGCAAAAGAUUAGUGGGACUUUAUUGAAAGCACGGCACGCAAUUGAUCGCAAAUGCCGAUUGAUGCUGCCGGUGGACAAUUUGAGGGAUUUGCCGAAGAAGAUGAAGAAAUCGCAUGGUUCUGUUUCCUGUGAGCACUUUGCGUGAGGCGAUCGAUAUCGUCAAAGGUCUCAAUUGAUUCAGCAAUCACCUUCACUUCCUGCUCUGGUUUCUCCAUGCUCAUCAUUAUCUCCACGUGCUCAUGCUCAUUUUUCCGGCUCACAUCGACUCGUCAUGAUUCUAAAUUGUAUUUUUCUUGUAUUUUAUGUGAUAUGA